GUGAACGCGCCUCGGCUCGUGCAUGUGUCGGUAAAUCUGACAGGCUGUCGGCGCUUUGAUGUCUGUGGCUCCGGAACCUUUGAUCUUUUGUUUGUUUCCUCUUUCAUGUUGCGGGAUUUUGCUGCGCUCUGAUUGGCUGCUGACUCAUCAGUCACGUUGCGAUUAUUGAUCAUUGAUGUUCAGCAGGUGGAUGGAUGCGCUUCUCUGAUUGGCUCAUUCUUUCAGUCAGGAAGCAGAACAUUAAUCGGUGAGUCCUUCAGAACCGGUUCUGGUUGAGCUCGGAUCUGUACUGGAAACUGUUCGGACCUGGUUCUGGUUCUGGAUCUGGGGAGCUGAAGAAUCAGAACCAACUGCAGCAAGUUGGGAAUAUCAGCAGAGGAACCGGUUCUGAUCCGGUGCGGCUCCAGAGGCUGCUGUUUGCUGGUUCCGGUCGGGUUCUCCAGAACCUCCAGAAGGAUGUCGGUGUCUCCGGGCCUCGCCGACCUUUCCCGCCUCUACCAGACCGAGUUCGUGCGCAGCGCGCGCGCCGUGGGCGUGCUGUGGGCCGUGUGCACGCUCUGCUUCGCCAUCAUCCAGGUGGUCAUCCUGGUCCAGCCGUCCUGGGUCGGAACCACGGCCUCCGGGCCGCCGCGGCCCAGCGGGACCAUGGGCCUGUUUGAGGUCUGCCUGGAGUCGGACUGGCCGGUCCCGGACUGCCGCGGCGGCCUGUCCAGCCUGUCUCCGCUGCCGUCCUUCCAGUCAGUGGCCGUGUUGGUGGGCGUGUCUCUGUGGGCAGUGUGGACCAGCGUCCUCUGUCUCUGUCUCUUCCGAUUCUGCAGCGCUGCCACCGUCUACAAGAUCUGUGCCUGGCUGCAGCUGACAGCAGGCUUCUGUCUCGGCCUGGCGUGUCUCCUGUUUCCCGACUCAUGGGAAAGUCCAGAGAUGAGAGUUCUGUGCGGAGACUCGGUGGGCAGCUUUUCUCCAGGUAACUGCUCUGUCCACUGGGCGUACAUCCUGGCGCUGCUGGGGAUCUUGGACUAUGCCAUCCUGGCCACGCUGGCCUUCGUCCUGGCCAACCGGCAGGACGCCCUGCUGCCGCCCGACGCCCCGGACGUGACCGCAGGUCUGCUGAUGUCCGCCUGAGGAGGGAUCUGCCCACACCGCCAGGUUUCAUCAUCUUCAUCAACAGACGAGCGCUCGUUUUAGUGGAACUGUUAAAGUUCCUGCAUGUGGUGAACAGACCGGAGCCUGUUCCCUGGACGUUCCCUAAAGGUUCCCUGGACAUUCCCUAGACGUUCCCUAUAGGUUCCCUGGAGGUUCCCUGGACGUUCCCUAAAGGUUCCCUGGAUGUUCCCUAAAGGUUCCCUGGACGUUCCCUAAAGGUUCCCUGGAUGUUCCCUAAAGGUUCACUGGACGUUCCCUAAAGGUUCCCCGGACGUUCCCUGAAGGUUCCCUGGACGUUCCCUAGACGUUCCCUAAAGGUUCCCUGGACGUUCCCUAGACGUUCCCUGGAUGUUCCCUAAAGGUUCCCUGUACGUUCCCUAGACGUUCCCUAAAGGUUCCCUGGACGUUCCCUAAAGGUUCACUGGACGUUCCCUAAAGGUUCACUGGACAUUCCCUAGACGUUCCCUAAAGGUUCCCUGGACGUUCCCUAAAGGUUCACUGGACGUUCCCUAAAGGUUCACUGGACGUUCCCUAAAGGUUCCCUGGACGUUCCCUAAAGGUUCACUGGACAUUCCCUAAAGGUUCACUGGACGUUCCCUAAAGGUUCCCUGGACGUUCCCUAAAGGUUCCCUAGACGUUCCCUAAAGGUUCCCUGGACGUUCCCUAAAGAUUCCCUAGACGUUCCCUAAAGGCUCCCUGGACGUUCCCUAAAGGUUCACUGGACGUUCCCUAAAGGUUCCCUAAAGGUUCACUGGACGUUCCCUAGACGUUCCCUAAAGGUUCCCUGGACGUUCCCUAAAGGUUCACUGGACGUUCCCUAAAGGUUCCCUAGACGUUCCCUAAAGGUUCCCUGGACGUUCCCUAAAGGUUCCCUAGACGUUCCCUAAAGGUUCCCUGGACGUUCCCUAAAGAUUCCCUAGACGUUCCCUAAAGGCUCCCUGGACGUUCCCUAAAGGUUCACUGGACGUUCCCUAAAGGUUCACUGGACGUUCCCUAGACGUUCCCUAAAGGUUCCCUGGACGUUCCCUAAAGGUUCACUGGACGUUCCCUAAAGGUUCCCUGGACGUUCCCUAAAGGUUCCCUAGACGUUCCCUAAAGGUUCCCUGGACGUUCCCUAAAGGUUCCCUGGACGUUCCCUAAAGGUUCACUGGACGUUCCCUAAAGGUUCCCUGGACGUUCCCUAAAGGUUCCCUAGACGUUCCCUAAAGGUUCCCUGGACGUUCCCUAAAGGUUCACUGGACGUUCCCUAAAGGUUCCCUGGAC